UUUAAUGAAUUCUUGAAUAUAUAUAUGAAAUUUGACUGACGUCAUCAAGGCACUGCCAUCUUGUAUUUCGCAAAAAGUGAGCAUAAGUCAGUCAGCUUGGAACCUUGUGGCAGCAAUACUGAGCAAUGAGGACAUUAUUAACUCACUGGCAAGUGCUUGUAUGGGCCAAAAUCCUCCCGAUACUACCCGUGCCCAAUACAGUUCUCCUGACAAAGAAGUUCGCUCUCUUUUUAAUCGUGGUAGGCCGACUGCAACAGGCCUCAGGCAAAAUCCUGACAGAAGCAUGACUUCAACCGCACAGGAGUGCCCCACAACAGCCCCUCUAUACAAUCUUCGCCCGUACACAAGGAAGGGCCCAAGAAACAAGAGGUUUCAGGCACAAGGCAGUUCACGUUCUGUGGCUCAGUCCUUUUUCAAAGAGGUGAUUCUCCUGCCAGACCACAAAGCUACACAUGUGCCAAGGCGUGCCAAAAAGGCUUGGCUUUUUGAAAACGGCCACAUCAAGUCUGCCUUGGAAUUUGGCUGUGACUGGGAUUCUGACACAAUAAUGCAGGCAAUAACAGCAGCCUUCCAGCCAGCUGUGGAGGGAUGCGGGCUACAAAUCCUGCUGCCAUGCUUCAACAAAUUAGUUGAGCCAUCCCUUACCCCCACACAGACUUUGAAUGGAGACCUUGUCAAAAAGCUGUUUCAUCAGAAGUCCAUUUAUGUCAGGCCUGACAAAAUCAUUUUAAGUGAGGAAAAAGAAACUUCAUUUUCUGAUGGAGAAAGCAGCUGUACAAAUGACCCUGGUCUGGCAGAAAUAACUAACACUGACAAAUGUGUUUAUUUCCGAAGAAGCUGUCCCAGACAUCUCCACUUCUAG